GAAAAAGACAAAAUGCUCCAGUGAUCCAAGAGCAAGCAUGGACGGCUGCCCGCCAUAGUUGAUGCUGCUUUUCUCUUUUCUUUUUUUUUUUUAAAAGCUUUACAGGAUAUUUUCAUUUCUUUUAUUCACAUUUUGUUUCGCCAUUUUUAACAUCUGCCACGGACGACAAUGGACCGAGUGAAAAGCUCCAUGCAGCAAGUCCCCAACGCGAUCCCCAAAGUGAUCCGGCGGACCGGAGGGGCGAACAGCCUGGAGCUGGAGAAGGAGAGCUUUGAGAGGGGGCAGGCUGUCAGCAUCAAUAAGGCCAUCAACACACAGGAGGUGGCUGUCAAAGAGAAGCAUGCCAGGACUUGCAUCUUGGGGACCCAUCAUGAGAAAGGCGCCCACACUUUCUGGGCGGUGGUCCACCGGCUUCCUCUCUCCAGCAACGCAGUGCUGUGCUGGAAGUUCUGCCACGUCUUCCACAAGCUGCUGCGAGACGGACACCCAAACGUGAUAAAGGACUCCAUGAGGAACAAAGCGGAUUUAACUGAUAUGAGCAGGAUGUGGGGCCACCUGAGUGAAGGUUAUGGGAAGCUGUGCAGCAUCUACCUCAAACUGCUCAUCACCAAAAUAGAGUUUCACGUCAAAAAUCCUCGUUUCCCCGGAAACCUCCAGAUGUCAAACAGGCAGCUCGACGAGGUGGGAGAGAACGACGUUAACAACUUCUUCCAGCUGACAGUAGAGAUGUUUGACUACCUGGAGUGUGAGCUCAACCUCUUUCUGGGUGUGUUCAGUUCGCUGGACAUGUCGCGGUCGGUGUCGGUGACGGCGGCGGGUCAGUGCCGCCUUGCUCCCCUCAUCCAAGUCAUCCUGGACUGCAGCCACCUGUACGACUACACCGUCAAGCUGCUGUUCAAGCUGCACUCCUGCCUUCCAGCUGAAACUCUCCAGGGCCACAGAGAUCGCUUCCAGGAGCAGUUUAAGAAACUAAAGAGUUUGUUCUACCGCUCCAGCAACCUGCAGUACUUCAAGAGGCUCAUUCAGAUCCCACAGUUGCCUGAGAAUCCUCCCAACUUCCUGCGUGCGUCAGCUCUGUCCGAGCACAUCAGCCCCGUGGUGGUGAUCCCCGCCGAGUCGUCGUCCCCCGAGUCGGAGCACAUGGUGGAAACGGACGACCUGGUGGACAUGGAUGUCCCGGUGCUGCCGGCACCACAGGAGACCAAGUUCGACGAUCUGUUUGGCACUUCAGCCGCUGUUGAUCCCUUCAACUUUAACAGUCAGAACGGCAUGCGCAAGGAUGACAAAGACCGUCUGAUCGAGCAGCUCACGAAGGAGAUCCAGGCCCUCAAGGAGGAGCUGGAGUCAUUCAGACUGGAGAGCGGCCGGUUGUGUCAGGCGCUGCGGGGGCGUGUCAGCGAGCUGGAGGCGGAGCUUGCAGAGCAGAGCCACCUGAGGCUGCAGGCGGCUGGAGAGAGCGAGUUCCUGAAGGCCGAGCUGGACGACCUGCGAAGGGUCAGGGAGGACACGGAGAAGGAGCAGCGGAGCCUGACGGAGAUUGAGAAGAAAGCUCAGGCCAACGAGCAGCGCUACACCAAGCUGAAGGAGAAGUACACAGUGCUGGUUCAGAGUCACGCAGACCUGCUGAGGAAGAACGCAGAGGUUACUCGACAAAUGACUGUCGCUCAGGCAGCACAGGAUGAAGUGGAGGAAGUAAGAAAAGAAAUGCAAGAGAAGGUGAAGGCAGCACAGGACACCGCGGAGAGGCAGGAGAAGGACCAGGUGGAGCAGCUGGAGGAGCUCCAGAAAGAGCUGGGGUCCACCCGGGCAGAGCUCGACUCCCUCAAGACCACCAUGGCCUCGUCACAGCAGACAAGUGAAGUCCUUGGCACUCAACUGGCCAGUCUGCAGUCCGAGAAAGCCGACUUGGUGCAGACCUUGUCGAAGGUGGAGGCGGAGCUUUCGGUGCAGGGGGAGGAGCUACAGCAAGUUCAAAGCUCUUUAGCGACUGAGAGGGAGAGUGGGGUGAAGACGGCCGAAGCCCUGCAGAAUCAGCUCAAUGAGAAGGAGAGCAGGGAGCAGGCGCUGGAGAGCCAGCUGGUGGCUGCUCGCUGGUCCAGCCUGCAGGGAGCUGUGGAGGAGGCAGAGAAGAUCAUCCAGGACUCGCUGGCUCAAAUAGACGACCCGGCACACGUGAGCUGCACCAGCUCCGCAGACUACCUUGCAUCUAGAUGUCAAGCUGCUUUAGAGUGUUUGAACCGAUUACAACUCUCCAGAGAAGCCUUCAUGGCUGACAACACAGGUGUGUCUGAGCUCGUGCGGGCCGUGAACCAGUGUGGCCACCUGGUGGGAGACACCAUCGUUCAGGGUAGUGCCACCUCCCACAUGGUGCCUGUGGAGCAAGCUGAUGUCCUGUCCGAGAGCGUGAAGAUGUGCGGCGCAGAAGCUCUGGCUCUGCUGGGGCAGAUGAAGCAGCAGGACGGCCUGGCUGCAGCGGACGUGGAAAAGCUGAAGACAGCUCUGGAGGUCAUCCUGGCAACUGCAGAGAAACUGCGCCCUCGGGGUCUGGAGCUCCAGCAAGGGGAGCUGGGGGACCUGGUGGAGCAGGAAAUGACUGCCACUUCCGCUGCCGUGGAGUCGGCAGCCGCCAGGAUAGAGGAAAUGCUGAAUAAGUCUCGGGCAGUUGAUACAGGAGUCAAGAUGGAGGUCAACGAGAGGAUCUUGGCCUCCUGCACCGAGCUGAUGCAGGCGAUCAAAGAGCUGGUGUUGUCUUCGAAAGAUCUGCAAAGGGACAUCGUGGAGAGUGGGAGGGGGGCAGCAUCCAUGAAGGAAUUUUAUGCCAAGAAUUCCCGCUGGACUGAAGGCCUGAUGUCGGCCUCCAAAGCGGUUGGAUGGGGCGCCACAGUCAUGGUGGAUGCUGCAGACCUGGUGGUGCAGGGCAAAGGGAAGUUUGAGGAGCUGAUGGUUUGUUCACAUGAAAUCGCCGCCAGCACGGCGCAGCUCGUGGCUGCGUCCAAGGUGAAGGCAGACAAAGACAGUGCCAACCUGCACCGUCUGCAGACGGCGUCCCGGGGGGUCACGCAGGCCACCGCCGCGGUCGUAGCCUCCACCAAGUCUGGGAAAUCCCAGAUUGAAGAGACUGAAACAAUGGACUUCUCCAGCAUGACUCUCACCCAGAUUAAACGACAAGAGAUGGACGCACAGGUCCUGGUCCUGGAGCUGGAGACCCGUCUGCAGAAGGAGCGAGAGCGUCUCGGCGAGUUGAGGAAGAAGCAUUAUGAGCUGGCCGGCGUAGCAGAGGGCUGGGGCGAGGAAGAGGACGGCACAGGAUGAGACCCGCCGGCCCGGUCUUCCCCCUCCUCCAUCACCGGAUCCACUUCUGUCCACCUCUAACUAUUUAUAGAAACUCUUUUCUUUUCCUCUUCUUGUUUUUGUGUUUCUCUUUUCCUUAAUUCUUUGUUACAAAAGCCAAACGAAAAGGUGCUUCUUUUCUAAAUCUGCUUCUCCACACGUGUCCUCACGCUUCCCAUACCCACAAGGGCCCGGGGACGGGCGGUACCGCAGGGAUGAACAAAUGGAUGUACUGGCGGAAGAAGAGCUACAUCCCAUCUUCACAGCCUCACAAGCCCCCUGCCUUCUCCUCCGGGACUGCGCUGCUGAAAAGCGGCGGGGAAGGCUCUCCGUUGUGCCGAGUUUCUACGUUUAUUCUUCCCCCGUUUUUCCACUGACGCCGCUGCUUCGAGGAAUCACGCCGGAAAUCCUAGGAGUUCCUCCCGAGGACAUUCAGGAUGCGGAGCAGCAGAUGUGGGUCUAGCGCUGCCCAAACUCCAUGUCUCUGCGUACCAUAGAUGGCAGGAGUGCUCUCCUCUCAAAACAGUGUUUUUGUUUGGUUUUUCUCCUACAGUCCUGAGUUUAUAAAGCUGCGGGAGCUCUGUCUGAUCCAGUCCGACCCUCCCCUCCCCUCCUCCUCCUAUUCUUUUCUCACUGUGAGUUAUCGCCUCAUUAAGUCCACGCCGCUUAACGGGCCGGUUCACUGGACUUUCUGCCUUUCACGUCCUCACCAUUGUAACGACCGUGACUGUUAACCCAAGCAGCCCAAGCUUCCCUCUUUUGUCUCUUAACUUAAACACCAGUUUGCUUGGGAACUCUCAGAACAACCCCCCUCCCCCUCAUAAAAAAAAAAAAAAAGGAGGACGUCAACAUGUAGAGGGGUUGGGGGAGUAGUUUCAGUCAGAAACUCUUAAACACACCUCUGCACCUGACUGUUGAGACUGCCAAAUAUAACUCUGAGGUCGAGGGACGGGUUGAUCACAACACUAAUGACAUGAGUGUCAUUUUUGUGUGUGUGUUUUUUUUUUUACCCUCAACUUUUAACAGUUAAUUUAUAGAGCAGGGUAGCUUAAAAGUUGCGGCGUGCUCUGACGCCUUACUGUUCAAUAAUACAGACAUUGCUCUUUAGUUGUCGUGUGACAAGAGGUUGACUUAAAGUUGGAGACCCUUUACUGAACUCAUGAAGAUGACAGUCAGCAGUAAGGCGGCGCUCCAAGUGAGGACCAUCAUCCUUUUCAUGUAUUUCAGGAGACACAACUGUCUGUUUUUUAGUUUUAGAUAAAUCUGCGGCAACAAGCAAAUGUAUAUCUGUUCUGAACUGUUGAGUCUCUGUCGCCGGAGGAGUGAAGGCACAACUGCUGCACAAGCCUUUAUGGAGGAGAUUGACCUGGUUUCAUCACGUGAUCGUCAGAUUCCACGUCGCUGAUGGUUGAUGCCAGCGGACUCUGGACGUGUUUUCAGUGCUUUCCUUAAGACCAAGUAGCUGUGUGUAUGAACUAUAAGCCUUCUAUUGUUGGAGGAAAAACAACACUUUUUUUAAUCUCAGAGCAUUAGUUUUUUGCAUCUCUCUGGGUAAAACUCAGUUAAAUUGAAAAAAAGUACAAAAAGAUGCACAAAUGGCACACGCUUUUAAUACAAGUCAUCAUUUCUUCCUGAAGAAGUUGUUAUUUAAAGUAGUUUCCUGAUGUAAGGGUGACUUGCAGCUUGCUGCCGGUGGACUCUGAGUUGUGACCAUGCCUUUGUGGAAAACGGGAUAAGCAGACCUUUUGGUUCAAUCCAACAUGUCGCACCUUCUUCCUCUGAUGCUGCAGACGAUGAUUCUGUGUCUUAACAUUCUCAGUUUUGACACUCCCACUGCAGUGGUUGAUCUCUACUCAUUUUUAAUGCGAGUUUUAAUUUUUUAACAGUUGCUGCUCAGUUACUAUUUGCCAAUAUGUCUUCUUAAAAAAAAAAAAAAAAAAGACCACUUGAAGCGAGGUUUGACCCUUCUGGAGGAAGAUGGUUAAUUGGAUGAAAGCUACAAGUCCUCUCUGAAAUGUUUUCCCAUUUAUCGUCACCUUUCUGCUGCUCCAACCAGGUUAAAACACAUUUUCUUUUUUGUUUUUGCAGAACUGUUAACGCCAGGUUUCAGUAUUUAAUAAGGAUUUAGGCUGUCGUGGCUUCUUUUCCUAGCAUCUGGAUAAACUGUUAACUGAUUCUAAUUGGAAAUUGUAAUAUAAAACAAAAUAUAGCAUAAAGAAGCGAAGAUCUCCUCUCAGUGGUAUUUCAAGUGUCUUGAAUGAUGAAUUGAACAUACUUUGGGUGAUGUUUGGUUUUCUCUUUGCCCAGAUAUUCUUUAUUAACCCCACAUUGUCUCUCUCGGGUUUGUGUCAGUAGAUUUACCAGCUCAGCCAGCCUUUCAAACUGCCUCACACUGUAGUCACAAACAAAUACUCACAUAGCAGCAUUGAAAUAUGUCUUUGUAUGAUAUUAUACUAAAAACCAUGUUGGUGAGUUUGUUUUUAUUUUUCCAGUUUUUGAAAUAAAUAUUUCCGCUCAUUAAUA